AUGUCAAGAGAAAAUGUGAGAAAAACUGCUGUGGAGAAGAACAGAAGUGCUUCCUAUGAAAAAGAGAAGCCAAGCCACAGCUUUUUAUUUAAACACCUGAAAAAAGUUUACCCUGUUGGUCUUCAUAAAAGCUGCUCACCUCUCUCCCUAUCGUCUUUAUCGUUGUCUUUGUCACAGAACUCCAACGAUUCUUCUCUUGCUGACUCUAUAUCUCCCCUGGAUCAGAAGAUCUCUUUAGCACUCCGCUUGAUUGCACCACCAGAAAGAAGAGAGGUCUCAGUGGCUAAAAAUGUCCAACAACCAGCUUCAAAUCCAAGUGAAGAAGGCAUAAAGAGGUGUUACUGGAUUACAAAGAACAAUGGUAAGCUUAACUACUUGGUCAAAACUCAUGCUAUAGGCUUUGUUUCACCUGCAUCCAGCAUUAACAUAAUGAUGCCAAGCUUCAUGUUAUGUUUUAAUCAUGCCCUUCGGAAUGGUUUUUACAACCACGUUGCUGGCUUUGGCAUCAAUGAUAGCCCUAAUGUAGAAAUUGAAUUAGCUCAGUGUGCAGAUAAAGUUUAUGUACAAUUCCAUGACGAGUGCUGGGGAGUUCCAGUUUAUGAUGACAACCAAUUGUUCGAGCUGCUUGCACUGUCUGGAAUGUUGAUGGAUUUCAACUGGACUGAAAUUCUAAAAAGAAGAGACCUAUUCAGAGAAGCUUUUGCUGGAUUUGAUCCCGACACUGUUGCCAAAAUGGGGGAGAAAAAGAUCAUGGAAAUAGCCUCCAACAAAGCAAUAAUGUUAGCAGAAAGCAGAAUUGCAAAGGAAUUUGGUUCUUUCAGUAGCUAUAUGUGGGGUUCGGUGAACUACAAACCAAUGAUCAACAGAUACAGGUAUCCAAGAAAUGUUCCACUACGAACUCCAAAAGCAGAGGUCAUCAGCAAGGAUAUGUUGAAACGGGGAUUUCGGUUUGUUGGGCCAGUGAUUGUGUAUUCCUUCAUGCAAGCUGCAGGAAUGACUAUUGAUCACCUCGUUGAUUGUUUUAGGUACAGCGAAUGUGUAAACCUCGCAGAAAGACCAUGGAGACAUGUCUAA